AUCUUUCCACACUAUAAAAGCGCCACUUUAGAUUUUUAAAGCAAAACUGAAAAUUCUAUAUCCUUCAAAAACGGUUUUGUCUCAAUUUUCGCCACUUCAAAAGCAUUUUACCUUAACACGAACUCUUCUCUCAACUGUUAAUUUAGGGUUUUAUAUUAAGAUUUAAAAGAAAAAAUUGUUAUUGGAAAUUCAAUUUUUUUUAUUUUUCCGAAAUGGCAUUGGGAAAGAGAAGCAAUUCAAUGAAGUUAAACCGUGCUGGAGUUGACAGUGAUGAGGCAUUCAAAAGACUGGGUUGUGUCCGAUAUACACGAAGUUUCGGAAGGAAGAGGAUUGUGAUUUCAAAUGCUGUAGAUUUAUUGACUUUGGAUUCGCCAAUUAAAACUCCAUUGAAAAGGCUUUGUAGUUUAGAGCCUGAGAAUCCAAUCAAAACUCCGUUGAAAAGACUUUGUAGUUUAGAGCCCGAAAAAUCUACACUUGAAACCUUGCCUCAGGAUAUUCUGGUUAGGGUUCUCUGCUGUGUUAAUCAUGAUGACUUGAAACAGCUUUUCCAUGUAUCUACAGCAAUAAGAGAAGCUACUUUGGUUGCAAGGAAAUUGCAUUUUGCCUACAGCACACCAAGAAAGAUCCCUGCUUUUCGAACUCCUAUUGCUUCUACUGAGAAUCCAACUGAAUUUGACGAGUUCGAAGCCCCGAAUGCUCCAAAGGUAUCACGGUGUUACAAGUCGCGAUUAAACAGGAAGAAUCUGAUGGACAUAUCGGUGGCAUUAUUUGCUUCCCCAAGGAAGGGACUGUUCAUGGAAACAGAGGUGUGAGAGCAGAGCUGGGUCAUGUAUAUAACACUGAUUUGUUUUUGGUUUGUUGUAGAUAGAAGAAGAUGAAGAUGAAAAAAAAUGGGAAAACUGGAGAUUUGAUUAUAUCAGGUCUCGUUUUGGGUAGGUUUAUGUUCAUGGCAAGAAUCUUUACAAGCCAAAUUUUUAUUUUAUUCUUCAACGCCUUCCAUUGAAGAUAUAGGGGAUUGGCUUGUUUGUAUCUUUCUUAGUGUGCACAUGGGUAGUGAAACAUAUUUAUUCAAGGGCAAUCCCUGCCCUUCUCGUUCGAUAAAUGUACAUUUGCAUAUGCUUUGUGCUUCAUAUAAUGAAUAAAAAUUCCUCGUUAAUUUCUCUGCUUUA